UGAAAGCCCCCCACCAGAAAGAUCAGUUCCCCGAGAUCCUAAAUCAUCAGACCUUAAAGAAGAUCUGUUUGGUGAAUUAAAGUUUAAAUUCUGGAGAAGAGGGAGCAGAGCCAGGCCCAAGGCCAACCCACUGACAGGCCCCUUCCCUCAGAGAGCUUGACUUACAAGGCCUCACUGACUCAUGCCCAGGGUGUCUCCACUGGGGACAUGGGAGCUUCCCAGGUGCUGCAUGUCCAUUUGGAGGACAGAGGAAUCAGCAUGGAGCAGCGGCAGGAGCGCUGGGUUCCUAAGCAUGUCUUAAGGAGGUGCCAGGAUAAGAAUUUCCCACCAGCUGCAGAGAGAGUGAGCCCUCCGGGCCCCAAAGCAGAAGAGUGUGGUGGAGGGGAUGCAGGGUUGGGGACAUCCCAACCUAGAAGGAAGAGUUUCCCUACUCAGGACAUGGCAUUAGAGGAGAUGCUUGGGAGCAAGUCUUCCCAGACCCCAUCACAGAAGGGACAGCCUCCUCCUGAGAGCCUCUUCAGGAAAAAAAUGAACCACUUUUUGCAAUGGCUUCAUCCCAGGAUAAAAGGCAAAAGGCAAGAAAAUUCCCAGGAAAAGGGCAGCCCCAUUUCAUCUGAGCAGAGCAGAGGCCUAGUUACAAGGAGAGCUGCUGUUACUGGGACAACCAAAGCUCAGAAGAUCAUGACAGACACUGGGAAGUUCCCAGAGGAGAAACUGGGGUGUCAGCAUGUGAUAGAUACCACCUGUCCUCGAGAGGCCCUUCCCUCGCCGAGGAAGUUUGGGAAAACUCAGCAGAAGGCAGAAGUGCAGGCCCAGGCAGAGCCGGUCCAGGGGCAUCCUUCCAACUAUAGUGCUCCCUCCUGUAAAGUGACAAACACCAAGUCCUGCCGCCAGGAAGCUGUUUUUGCUGGCCAGAGUUAUCCUGCAAGCAUUAGACAAAUCAGAGAUGACGACAGACACCCCCAGAAAGUUGUGGCAUUUAAGGACCAUCUAUUGUGUCAGAAGCAUCCCUCAUCUGUGCCCUGCAGGGAGCCUGUGCCCCAUCCAAGCCCCACCUGCAGGCGUCAAGCCAGCCAGGGGCCUCUGGCCGCUCUCACCACUGCUGAAGACAGAAAAAUGCUUCUCCAGAAUUCCCACGGAGGAAAAUUUCCCACCCCAAAAUAAUUCCUUCCUUGAAGAGAAUAUUGAUUCUCCCCAAUCAAUGUCUCUGUAAUAGUGGUGUCUUUUCCGUGUACUGUGCUGGGGGCAUGAGUUUUAGGUACCUCAGGGCUUGUGCUUAGGGAAAGGAAGGAGUUAGUUCAUCUCUUACUGAUUGCUUCCUUUGGCUUCUAAAAGGUGACCCAUCCCCUGGAGCUCUUUUUGAGAAAUAGAUACAGAAGUAGAUAUAG